AUGAGUGAAGAUACUUAUGGGGAAAAUCUUGUCACAUUUCAGCAGAAACCAUCUCCAAGGUUAAAGUUACCUGGUAGAAGAACUGCUUCAUCUGUCUUUGGAACAGAUAAUCAUCAUCGUGAGAUAGAAAGGAUGAAACGUGAUAUUGCUGAUAAAGAAAAUCAAAUUCAAACAUUUGAAUGCCAAGUUAAGACAUUUAGGGAGUGUUGUCAAGGAUUAAGGCAAUUAAUCAUUGAUUUGGAGCAAGCUUCAGGAACAACUUUUUUAAAUAACGAUCAACAAAAGAACAUUGAUAAAAUGCCACAUAACGAAGCUGUUUUAGUUUUAAGGAAAGCAUUGUGCUACUUGGUUAAGGAAUAUCAAUCACUUCCGUCGACAUAUGAAAAAACUUUUGAACAAAAAGCAAUUAACCUCAGUGAGAAGAUAGACGAAAUGAAUGAAAAGACUAAACAAGUCGUUCUACAACGAAGACAAGUCCAAAAGGAAAUUAACGUUUUAAAUCGAAUUAUCACAAUUAACCAGAAGGAAAAGAAGAGUUUGCAGGCGUACGCUGAUUCCUUACAACAAGCAACAAAUGAUAUGAUUGCACAAUCGAAUCAAACCGUUGCACAAACGAAAGAUUCGAUACAAAAAUUAAAGAAAGAAAUAAACACUACAGAGUCAAGUAUUAGUGCUAGAGAAGCGACAAAUAUCGAGUUAUUACAGUCCGUGAAUGCACCAAUCGUCAAAAGACACAAGGAUAUGCUAAAUAACUAUCAAGAACUUACAGAAGAGUAUCAGAAGCUUACAGUCUAUUAUGAAAAGGAGAAAACACAACAUGACUUAACAAGGAGAGAGCUGGAACAGACAAUGAGUGAAAUUGAAAGAGCUAAAAUUACAAUCCAAAAAUUUAAAGAAAAUGUCAGUACAAAAACCAUCAAAUACGCGACAAAAGUCAAUAAAGACAUGAGAAACUAUAUCACAGAGCAGAGAGAAGAGCAAAAACGCAAACUCCAAGCGACAAUUAAACACAACAAAGAUUUAGAGAGACAAAUCAACGAAAUGCAGGAAGAACAAGCAAUGUUACUGCCAUAUCUACAGUCUAUUGAAAAGAAACUGCAGGCAGAGAUGCUCAAACUGCCAUCUUUGACUGACAUACAAAGGAGAAAUGACAAUGAACCAAAGAGGGCUUUGACAAGACUAAAUAAGAGAGAACUGGAUGACGCAGAGAUGAGGAACGUGAAGAGAACACUCACGAGAAUGAAAGCAAAAAGAGCAAGAGCGAAAACAGCUUUCGGAAAAUAA